CUGGGCGACGCCACAUGAAUCACAUCGACUCCCAAGCGAUUACCACGUUUCUCAUCUUAUCUCAUUUGGGCCCCAGCAAAAUUCCUUCUUAUUUUCCCAAGCGGUUCGCCCCAACAAAACCAUUCGAAUCAUUCAUUAA